AUUUUAUCUUCAGGCCGACCGGUGCUGACGUGGCAGCAGGGACGUUCCCUCCUCUUUUUCCUCGUAUCUUAGAUCCCACUCUUCCCCCUUCCUGGUUCCUCCGGGUUUGCUUUCCCAAUCCUCGUGCUAAUUUUCAAUGGCCGCUCCACCUGCUAGAGCUCGAGCAGAUUAUGAUUACCUCAUAAAGCUCCUCCUGAUCGGUGAUAGCGGUGUGGGUAAGAGUUGCCUUCUUUUGCGUUUCUCGGAUGGAUCGUUUACCACUAGUUUUAUUACAACCAUUGGAAUUGAUUUUAAGAUAAGGACCAUAGAACUUGAUGGCAAACGAAUUAAACUUCAAAUUUGGGAUACUGCUGGUCAAGAGCGGUUUCGAACAAUUACAACUGCGUACUAUCGUGGAGCCAUGGGUAUAUUGCUUGUUUAUGAUGUCACUGAUGAGUCAUCUUUUAACAACAUUAGGAAUUGGAUUCGUAACAUUGAACAACAUGCUUCUGACAAUGUCAACAAGAUACUAGUUGGUAACAAGGCUGAUAUGGAUGAAAGCAAAAGGGCUGUUCCCACCUCAAAGGGCCAAGCUCUUGCUGAUGAAUAUGGAAUCAAGUUCUUUGAGACAAGUGCAAAGACAAAUUUAAACGUGGAAGAGGUUUUCUUUUCAAUAGCUAGGGAUAUUAAGCAAAGACUGGCAGAUACUGACUCAAGGGCUGAGCCGCAGACGAUUAAAAUUAACCAACCGGAUGCGGCAUCAGGGGCUGCUCAAACUGCACAAAAAUCAGCUUGCUGUGGAUCUUAAACAAAUCGUGUGGAAGAUGGGGAUCUCAAGGAUACAAUUUCAGGGCUUCUAUUUUGAUUGGAAAAACAAUAUAACUAUGUCUUCGGUUUGUAUUGUUAUUAUCGUAAGAUCACGGCUCAGUUGGGUGUGAAUGGUAGAUCUUCGUAUUUUAAUUAUAUAUUAUUUAUUUACCAUCGAAAGUAUUCUUCUUGUGCUUGAUAGAUCUAAAUAACAGUUAUUCGAUUGGCAAUCGUAAU